AUGCAGCCCUGCUCGGCUGACAUGCCGCGGGUCCUUGCUGCACAGCUUCCGAGCAGGGGCGCCGUGAGGCAGGGGCAUUCGCGGCUUGGAUGGAAGUGUGCAGAGCCUGCCAGUUGGGCUGCCCUUCCAUUGGCAGCAUACCCUUUUCCUCGGCCUUGGCCCUGUCUGCUCCGACGAAGAGGGGUUCCUCGCUCCGCCUCUCCUGGCCGACGGGAGGUGCUGAACAAAGUACUUGAUUUGGGGCUCCAGGGCCUCUUGGCCCUGAGCACGGUGGCGCUCUUCUUCAUUUGGGCUGGGAGCACGGCCUUCCAACGCGGGCUGGUAGAGCUGUCUGUGCAGCUCUUUGAUGCAGCAUCCUCUGUGGGCUACCCAUCCGCUUUGCUUUGGCAGCGGGGCAUCUCUUUGUACUACGCAGGCCGCUACGAAGACGGGGCGGCACAGUUUCGCAAGGACGCGGAUGUUAAUUCCAGCGACACGGAGGAGGCGGUCUGGGCCAUGUUGUGCGAAGCGCAAACAUUUGGCUUUGCUUCAGCCCAGCAGCGGAUGAUGAGGGUCGGAAAGGACCCCAGGUCCAUCAUGCGGCUCGUGUCGGAGCUUUUCGAAGGCGCCGUGGAUGCGAAGCGCCAACUGGAAGCCAUGGCAUCUGUGUCACCUGGGGACAAAGACUCUUUCUAUUCGGCGCUGUACUUGGGUCUUUUCGAGGAGUCACAAGGACACGACGAUACAUCCCUGCAAUGGAUCCGACGUUCACUUGACACCCGUUACGCUGAAGGCAGCUUCGAUUACAUGGUCGAUGCGCAGCGAGAUUCGGCACAGCGGCUGAGGGCCGGUGCCCGCCGCCUGGAGGACUCCCGACGGACGGCUUUGGAGGCUUUCGUGGCACUUGGGGAGGCCGAGAGCAUUGGCAUGGAUGUGAUGUCCGAGCUCACCGACCAGCGGGAUGCACUCAAGCGGACGAAGGGCCAUCUGCAUGAUGUCGACGAUCACCUUGGUACGUCCAAGAUGUUCUUGUCGACGAUGUCCCGACGCAUCCAGGGCAAUCAGGCCAUGGUGUGGUGCUUGGCAAUCGUCCUGUUCAUAAUUCUGGUUUGUCUUAUUUACUUGAAGCUGCAGAAGCUCGUGGCAAAGAGAAAGGAGCGGAGGCAAUCUUUAGAGAUGGGUGCAGGUGCUGCAGGGGUGCGCCCAGGCAGGGGCGGCCGUCGGGGCAUUCCGGCCGUUGCCAUGGCCUGGAACGCUGCGGAAAUCCGGGAAUGGGCCACACGUGAGUGCCUUUCGAGGCGCAUAGCGGCGAAGGCUGAAGAGCUUGAAGACUUGGGUGGUCUCAAGGCCAUCACUGACAGCUGGCUAUGUGCGAAUGGAGUGACUCUUCUGCCAGCGCGCUCGCGCGCCCUGACGGCGGCGAAGGCGGCACUCCAUCCAAAGAAGAAGGCCUUCAGGCUUGGCCGAAGGGGUGUCAUGUUUCUCGAAGCCCAAGAUGCGGAAGUUUUCCAGCGCCGUCGACCCGGCCGGCAGUGCCGGCAGCCCGAGAUCACAGAUCAAGUCUUGGAAGGCCGCCGGCCACACCGGCGUGUAAACCGCAACAAGAAGGAGUCUCGCCCUUUGAAUGGUCUCCCACAGCGGAUUGAGGAGGAGGAGACAGACGCGGAGCUGGGGACGGGCACUGCCGAGAGACCCACUGUCCGGGAUGACGAGGACAUGCUCUACUCGGAGGAGGAUGAGUAUGGCGACGAGUUCGACGAGGAGGAGGGUGACUACAUGGAGUUAGAUGGGCCUCCUCCGGAAGUCCUGGAUGGCUGGGAGAAGGAUGAGAUGGCCAUGGCCCUCCUGGCGAACUUCCAGUCGGAGGAGUUCGAGGGCAAGAAAGUGAUGAGUUUCCGCGAUGUGGCCAUGCUCCUGGAAGUGCUAGGCCUGGAGCGAGAGCAGUUCGUGGCCAUCUUCAGCGGCCAGGGCGGCAUGGAAGAUGAGUUUGACGACGACUUCCUAGAUGAAGAGGAAGAGAUGAUGCUGAAGAAGCAGUUCGAGCGCGGCUAUGGUGGUGGAGGGCCUGGUGGCGGCGGCAGAGGCCGCGGUGGCGGAGGAGGCGGGGGUGGCCGAGGACGGCAAAAUCACGGAGGCGGAGGCCGUGGAGGCGGCGGUGGAGGACGUGGUCGAGGCCGACGACCCUGA